UGAUUUUGUUUUGAAUUUGGAAUUGUGUACGUUUUACAAAAAUUGUAUUUAAAGUCUUUUUCACAUAUUUGUAAUUGAAUAUUGAUGGAUGAGUUACGCGGACCUACAAUUCAAAUAGUCCUUAACGUCAAAGAAGGACUUGGGUUUGGAUUUCUUAAGUGCCCAUUUAUAGUAAGUGGUUCUCUAAAUGGUUACAUGUUAGAAACAGAUCCCGUAUUGCCAGCUCAUGCGCCGGUUUUUGACGCAGAACUUGUUUGGGAAGCAGAUAAAAGGAGAUUUAGGAGUUUGCGAGUUCAAAAUGUACCGGUUAAAAUUGAGGUAUACACAACUGCAACGCAAGGCAGAAAAGAUAAAGUAGGCUACUUAUUAUUAAGUCUACUUGGAGCCCAACCCUGUCCAAGCAAUAAAAUUGUUGAUUUAAAACAUUCAUGGCACAAGUUGCUAGGUGUGAAGUCGGAAGGUAAAUGUUGUCAUCCGCAGCUUCUGUUGAGCCUCUCCGUAGAAGACAGAAUAAGCACACCAACACCUAGAAAUGAACUGCGUAUGUUCCACAGUAAUGAAGUUGCCUUCCCUUCGGCUCAAACUAAGAAAAAUAUCCCAAAACCUGAAAGCCAUACUAUGCUGCUAACUCUGAAUGAAUACAUUGCUGAAAGUAAGAAAACCGUGUCAUCACCUGACCUGAGACCUACUCUCAUAUGUGAUGAAGGCCUGAUACAAAUAGGGAGUGAUAACCAUUUAUUUAUACUAGAGCUAUUGAUAGGGACUGUGGAGAAUAUUGACUUAUUGUUACCUACUGAUAUGAUUAAGGAAGAUUUAAACUGUUAUGUAACAUAUACAGUUUUUACACAUACGAUAACAACUGACAGGGCAGCGGUGCACGGGUCCCGCGCGGCACUGAACCAGCGCUCGUCGUUACGAGUGCGCAGCUGUCUGCGCGCGCUGGCGCAGUACUUCGCGCGCUGCCCGCUGCUCGUCGCCACGCUGCGGGCCCAGGGGGACGUCGGCAUAUGCAGCUUAGAUCUUCGAAAACUAAUACCAACAGAUAACAUCGAAGAAUUUCUAAAUAAUUUUUGCAAUAACGACAAUUCCCUCACAAUAUAUGAAAGAUGUUUUAUGAUAAGAUGUGACGGCGUGGAAACUAAAGACAGGAGGAAGCCUUAUAUGGAUGUAGAAUUAAGUUUGAGAUACCUCGGAGAAAAGAAAAAUGUACAGAAACAAGUUAUAUUGACAGCUCGAAGCGUUACUCAACUAGAAAGCGAGAGAAGUAAUGGUGAUAUUGAGAAGACACCUAUUGAAAUAAAGAGUGGCAGCUGUACUGAUUUGAAUCAAGAUAUAGGUGACGGUUACACCAAUAUUGCUCCAGGGAACACCACCAGAUACAAAACAGCGUCAGGGGAUACGAUAUUGCAGAGCAAUGAACUUGCAGAGAUUAUAAAGAACAUGUGCGAGUCGUUCGUGCGCACGCGCAGCUCUCGUGACGUCACCGUGCAGUGCGAUGACGUCACGUCGGGACAGUGCACUGGGGAUAGGGCACAGGAGACAGAAAAGGUCGCCGAGAGGUUCUGGUCGGCCGUGGUCUCCUGCGAGGAGGUCACGGCUCUAAAGGAGGACCCGCUCUGCAGGGGACCACUAGGGGAAGGAGACUCCGAUAUGAACUCCUUCAGCCUUCGUAAUGAUUUUAAAAGCGUCCUGUCCCCGGCCGAGCGAGAUGUUAUUAUAAAGAAGUAUGUGGAAGAACUAGAGGACUGGAAGGAAAGGCAGCAGGAACUGUUUAAAUUACAGUUAAAACGCAAAGAGGAGUACCAUCUCGAACUCCUAGCCAACGAGUGGUCGAAGCGGAAAAACGAAUUAGAAUAUAAACUGAGCAAGGGUAUUGAACAGUGUAGGAAUUUAGCGGAAGAUCUGAGUCGAGCCACCGAGGACUUCAGGUUGAGGGGAUACCGGAAUACGGAGAGAGAGAGAAAGCUACUAGACGCCAAGAAGGCACUAGAAUCACACUACACCUCUAAGUAUCAAGAACUGAGGGAGGCGUCUCAGAAAAUGGAAGACGAUAUGAACCACCAGCUCAAGAUGAAGGACAUGGCUAUUGAGGAGCUGCAGACGAGGGUCCAGUUGCUGGAGAAACAGAACGAAGUCAUAAAAAAUAACAUGAAGAACUUUGAGAAAAAUGCUGAGAAUAAAUAUUCAGGUCUCACGAAAGAUCAAACUGCAAGUCUCAUACAGGAACUCCGGUGUUUAGAAGAGAAAUUAGACAGCGCAGUGCAGUCCAAAGCGUUUUUCAAGGAACAGUGGGGCCGAGCUGUAAGAGAGCUACAUCUCGUGAAGCUGGGUACUCGUAGACAGAUGCUGGACCAACUACGAAGGGAGAGGAGACAGCUGGGAGAUGACAGUUUGGAUCCUAUUAUUGAUGAAAAAGAAGAAAGUAAUAAAAGUGAUCUUGAUAUAAAUAAGCUGAAAGAAAAUUAUUACGUCGACAUAUUGGCGAAUAGCCCUGCCCUAGAUUCAAACUCAAUUAUCAGUCCACAUCGGAUGGAUAUGCUUCAUAUAAAAAACAUCACCAAGAACCCAUCAACUGAUAAACUUGGCGAACUUAUAUCCCAGAGAGAUCAACUGAUACGUCAAGAGAAUCCCGAUGAAGACACUAUAAAACAACUCAAUCACGAAAUAAGAAAUAUGCUUAUCAAUUGCGGAACUUGACUUUUUACUUUUAAUGUAAAAACAUAAAUCAUAUUAUAGACUGACAA